AUGGCCCUGCAACCAAGUCUCAAUCCAUUGCUUAUCCACGGGUCGCGAGACGCCGCAAACACGCUCGAAUUCUUCUGGGAUUACGUCUGCCCCUUUAGCAAGAAAUCCGCCAACUGCGUAGAAAACAUCCUCAAACCCCUCCUGGUAUCAAAAUAUUCCGGAAAAGUCAAGAUCAUCUUUAGGCCUCACCCACAACCAUGGCACGCUUCAUCGACCUUCGUCCAUGAAGCAGGAAUAGCCGUAGCAAAAGCCGCACCCGAGUCUUUUUGGAAGUAUAGUCUUGCCCUCUUCAACGCUCAGGAUGACUUCUUCGACGAGCCAACGUUGAACAUGACCCCUACUCAGAUUCGGGAGAAAUUAGUAGAGCUUGGCAAAUCAUCGGGUGCUCUCUCUGCAGACCAGGUGGCAGCUGUGGAGGAGCUUUUAAAGCCCAAGGGUGGUGGCAACUCUGGCAUUGGUGCUACGGACGACCUCAAAGUCUGCAUCAAAUAUGGUAGACAAAACUCGAUCCAUGUUUCUCCUACCGUACUGUUCAACGGCUUGGUGGCGAAUGAUGUGUCGAGCUCUUGGGGAGAAGCCGAGUGGUCGGUAUUCUUGGAGAAGAAUAUCAAGGGCUAA